CGCCGCUAUUUUGCGGCACUGCCAGUCGCGAUCUUGUAUCGACAAUUUGUCUAUUGCUCUUCCCUUGGCACUGGACUUGGCUGAUGAAUAGUGUCCUUGUGCCUCGUUACAUGACGCUGUAUAAACUACCAUGGACCUAUCAGCUGCCUCGUACUUUUCUGCCCCUCGAAUGCCGCCAACAAAGCCGCUGGCUGUCAGAUGAGCCGUGCCGUUAUGUUUCCCCUCCCGCAGCUUCCCCAGGUUGUGGCAGACGCCUCCUUGUAUAAGACAGCCGCCGUGCUCUUCCCUUCUGCGAACGGCAGAUCCCUCUUUUUCGAGUGGAUUGAUAAUUUAUUCUCCUACAACAUGGCUUCCCUACAUCUGGGAAAGCUCCUAACUACUUUGAUAUCGUUCUUUUUGGUCGCCAGUGCCCAGAGCUCAUGGGACCACGAGCUGUUUACAAGCAGCCCCCCAGUCUACCCGAGCCCUUCUACUGAUGGGAAUGGAUGGGAGGAUGCAUUCGCCAAGGCACGCAUAUUUGCCGCGAACCUGACUCUAGAUGAAAAGGCCGGACUCCUCACAGGAAACAUUCGGGGCCCAUGUGUUGGGAAUCUCGUACCAAUCGCGAGACUCGGUUUCAAGGGACUUUGUAUGCAAGAUGGCCCUGCAGCUCUUCGACAAGCAACCUUCGUGUCUGUCUUCCCUGCUGGCCUUACCAUUGCCGCAACAUGGGACCGGAAUCUUAUGAAUACACGAGGUUCAUACUUGGGUGCUGAGUUUAAGGCUAAAGGAGCACACGUUAUGCUUGGACCUGUGGCUGGGCCGCUAGGUCGCUCUGCAUUUGCUGGAAGGGGGUGGGAGGGUUUCUCACCUGAUCCGUAUCUUACGGGAGUAGCUAUGGAGGAAACGAUCACUGGGAUCCAAAGUACCGGCGUGCAAGCCAAUGCUAAACACUGGAUCGGUAAUGAACAGGAGACUCAAAGAGUUCCCUCCAACAAUGGAGGUGUCAAAAUUGAUGCUGUUUCCUCCAACAUCGACGAUAGGACGAUGCAUGAAGUGUACAUGUGGCCCUUUGCAAACGCACUCCAUGCUGGAGUUUCUUCGGUGAUGUGUGCAUACAACCGCCUUAACGCAUCCUACGCUUGUCAGAACUCGAAGAUUCUGAACGGCUUGCUGAAGGAAGAACUCGGCUUCCAGGGAUAUGUCGUCAGUGACUGGGGUGGCACUCAUUCAGGCGUUGCGUCUGUCAAGGCCGGUUUGGACAUGGAUAUGCCAGGUGCGAUCGAUUUCCAAUCACCAGGACCUUCAUAUUUUGGAGGAAAUUUGACAAUCGGGGUAAAUAACGGAUCUUUAACGAUGGCUCGAAUCGACGAUAUGGUGCACCGCGUUAUGACGCCUUACUUCUUCUUGAAACAGGACACAAGUUACCCGUCUAUAGACCAAUCGUCGGCCCCACUGAACAAAUGGAUAAUUCAUCCUUACCUACAGUCCUUUGUUUAUGGCGCCAAAGCCAACGUUGACGCACGCGGAACGCAUGCAAAGCUCAUCCGCGAUGCGGCAGCUGCGGGAACAGUGCUUCUUAAGAAUACGGGAAAUAUUCUUCCACUGAAGGCCCCAAAGAAUAUAGGAGUGUUUGGAAAUGACGCUGGUGAUAAUAUCAAUGGUGUAUACACUCUCAACGUUAUCCGCGAUAAAGGGUUCGAAUAUGGUACCUUGAUUAUCGGAGGGGGUUCAGGGACCGGUCGACCUACAUACGUUGUGACGCCGAUGGAUGCAAUCAAAGCACGCGCGGCUGCUGAUGGGUCUAUGGUACAAUUCAUUCUCAAUAACAACUACCUAGCCAGCGACCCUGACCUUGCUUUCUCCACAUUUGCCCCGUUCCCUCCCGACGUUUGCCUGGUCUUUAUCAAAACAUGGGCUACAGAAGGUUCUGAUAGGACCACUCUCGAAGCCGAUUGGAACAGCGGGGCCGUCGUCAAGAACGUCGCUGAUCGCUGUCCCAACACCGUCGCUAUCACACACUCUGGGGGGCCAAACACCAUGCCUUGGGCCUCUCACCCAAAUGUCAAAGCCAUAGUCGCUGCCCACUUCCCCGGCCAAGAGAGUGGGAACUCAAUCGUUGAUAUCCUCUACGGCGUUGUCAACCCGAGUGGCAAGCUGCCAUACACAAUUGCCAAUUCGGAAGCUGAAGACAAGUUUGCGCCUAUCACCGAUUCCCCAGAACUGCGAGCAACGACAGAUCCAAACGCAUGGCAGUCUGAUUUUGAAGAGGGGCCACUGAUCGACUACCGUCAUUUCGACUACUACAACUCGAGCGUGCUAUACGAAUUCGGCUUCGGCUUGUCGUACACCACAUUUGGGAUGACAAACCUGGGAAUCACGAAAAUCGACGAGAAGGUUACGGCGCGCGCACCGGCUGCCAAGACAGCACCAGGAGGGAACCCGAACUUGUUCAAAACCAUCUUCCGAGUUACAGUUGCCGUGAGCAAUACUGGCGCGGUGGCUGGAGCUGCUGUGCCGCAGCUCUACCUCUCGCUGCCUCCAGUUGAUGGCAUUACGGCUUCACCGCUUAGGGUGCUGAGGGGCUUUGAGAAAGUGCUUUUGCAGCCUGGGCAGAGCCAGAUUGUGACGUUUAAUUUAAUGCGGAGGGAUGUGAGUUUUUGGGAUACAGUGAGUCAGGAGUGGGUUAUUGCGCCUGGGAAAAUCGGUGUGCAUGCUGGGUUUAGCAGUAGGGAUUUUAAGAUCGAGGGGAGCUUCACGCCGUUAUGAGGAGAUUAUGGAUGUUGUUGAAUGAUAUUGCGGUUUGAUAGGGCUGGAAGGGAUAUGGAUGCAUAUAUUUUAGGUUAUGGCGUUAAGGAGGUAUAUGGCUGGACAGGGUAGGCUUUGGGGCUUGAGGAAACCGGCAGUUAGUGGCCGAUGGUCAGUACAGAACACAACGGUAGCA